AUUUAUAUAAAUUCUUUUUAAGGAUUCAAAAUGACAUGUUCGUUUAUGUUUUAAAGCUCUCUACCCCCAACAGCAAAGGCUUGUGAGUUGAACGCUAAGCCCUGUUGGUGUGUCUCUCAGUGCCUCAGCACAGCCCGUGUUUAAUUUCUCCUUCUCGCGCCUUAAUUUUGCCUCACGCGAAUUACAGCGAGACGCUCCUCGCGCGUGACAUUAUGCGCUCGAGCACACGAGGAAAGGCGGGAAAAUAGGGCUGACAGGAAAAACAAGCGUGAAUGCGAGUCACGGUGUAAUCACGGUGUUAAUCACACACCUAUUUUCUAUUUUUAAAGGAGAAAGCCAGGGUGGUGAGGUAUUGGAUGCUCGGAUGGGAGAGAGAGAGAGAGAGAGAGAGAGAGAGAGAGAGAGAGGCUGGAACAUGAUGGUAAUGCUGAUGACUGACUGACUGACUGACUUGCUACACUGGACGCUGGACGGGCGACUAAAUUUUGUCCGCUUUUGGUCUCUUUUUUUACCCCUAACUCGAUGAAGCUGAACGGUGGAACUUACACUCGUUUUUGCGGGGAAAAAAUACUAAUAUUGCGUUUCUUGCUGCGCGGUUUUUCCCCCCGGAGUGACCACAGAGAAGGAAGAAAAGCUAAUUAGCUGUAUUUUCUAAGGAGAACAAGGUCCCUUCUGGUCUAAACCAAGAUCAAUGGUCCCUCCUUCUUUCUGACCAUCACUGGCAAGCACAAGGGAUUUCAAUUGAAUUACCGGUGACGUCCAAGAGCAUUUCCUUUACUCAAUGUGAAAACAAAUGCCAGCUUAAAGAAAAGUUACAGCACGCCAGGGAUGGUGGGAAAAGAUCAAGCAUGGUGAGCAAAAACACAAGAAGCGUUUAGUCCAUGAUGCAGGACAUUUGUGAGUGAGACAAUCCAUCUGGGUUAUGACCAGCAAGGCCGUGCUCAGUGAGAAAGAUCCAGAAUAAAGGUGAUGCUUUGAUCACCUAACGGAUUAUCUUGUAAAAAAAACAAUGAAUCGGACCUCCAUUAUGUCCAUCCCAUGUCGUCUUUCUCCAGUUUGGGAUUUCCUGAUGACACCCCACACCCCUGAACUUCAGUCUGGUGUUUUUUAAGAAUAAAUACACGGAUAUCUCUUAAAACUCUCCUUCAAACCUGUGACUGUGUGGGAAACUCCAGAACAUACAUGGAGAAGGACACAAACACUUCAGUUUGGAUGCUGAUCUUUUAAGGCAGUGAAGUGGUACUCAGGCUUUACCCAGAGGGAAUCAGCCUCACAAUCCUCACAAUCAAAGGCUGGCUGCCUUAGCCCUACUGUGGCUCAGCACUAAACUGCUCAGCAGCUUAACAGGAGACCUAGAUUCUGGGUAUCUGUGAAGUAGCUACACAGAAGAGAAGGGCACAUCAUCAAGAAAACAAGAAGACGAAAGGUUAGAAAGUGGAAUCAUGGCUCCUGAAGUCAUGGCUGAGCUUCGUGAUUGGCUCUUUCUUCUCCUGCUGUGCCUCACACUGUUGGCCGAGGUGCUGCAGUGUGCUGCAACUGCCUCACAGAGAAUGGAUGCCGAAGGGGAUGUAGUGUGUCCCUCCGUGUGCCGUUGUGACGAAGACUUUAUUUACUGCAAUGAUCGUGGACUGAGUGCUAUCCCACCUCUCCCCCCAUCUGCCUCCAUUCUUUAUCUUCAAAACAAUCAUAUAGAUAAUGCAGGACUUCCCACAUCCUUGGAGUACCUCACUACUGUGGAGGUUAUAUAUCUCUAUGAUAAUGAGUUGGAUGACUUUCCCAUGCACCUACCGCCAUCAUUACGGGAACUUCAUCUCCAAGACAACAACAUCCGGGUGUUACCACGGGCUGCAUUAGCCAGGUUGCCUCUCCUGGAGAAGUUGCAUUUGGAUGACAACUCUGUGUCCACAGUUAGUAUAGAAGACCAGGCUUUCGCUGACAAUCCUCGUCUUCGUCUGCUCUUUCUUUCCAGAAAUCACCUUUCCAGCAUUCCCUCAGGGCUUCCAGCCUCACUAGAGGAGCUCCGCUUAGAUGAUAAUCGUAUCUCAACAAUUCCCACACAUGCCUUCCGAGGUUUAUCUUCUCUGCGCCGUCUUGUCUUAGACGGUAACCUUCUGGCCAAUCAGCGCAUUGCAGAUGACACCUUCUCACGCCUUUCAAACCUCACUGAACUGUCUUUGGUACGGAACUCCCUUCAGACUCCACCUCUCAAUUUACCUAGUGCACACCUGCAAAGACUCUCUCUCCAGGACAAUGCCCUGAUCCACAUGCCAAGGGGCUCCCUUGAUGGAAUGCGUGGUCUUCAGAGGCUGGACCUUUCCGGGAACAACCUGACCACACUUCCCAGAGGUUUGUUCCGGGACUUGGAGAGCCUGGGGCAGUUGCUUGUGCGUGGCAACCCUUGGCACUGUGGGUGCAACCUGCGCUGGCUGUAUGACUGGCUGGAAGCCAAAGGGAACACUAUUACAGUCCGAGGACUAACUUGCCAAUCUCCAGAACGAGUGCGUGACAUGCCACUAAGGGACCUUACUAGCCAAAUGGAUGACUGUGAAUUGGCAGCUGCUGGAGGUGGGGGGAUAGGUGGAGUGGGCUCACCAGGUGGGGGAGGUACUACUGGCAAUAGAAUGGGUGGAGUAGGAGUCAGUUCCACAACUCUGUCCCCUCCACAAGGAUCCCUGUUCACUCUGCGGUCCAAGCGACCGGGUCUGGGGCUUCCGGACAAAGGCUUAGACUACACACUUGGCAGCAGUGGUGUGGGCAAGAACCUGGCCCUGAAUGUAAAGCCACUAUCCCAUGAUAGCAUCAGGGUCACGUGGAGUGUGGCUCAAACAUCUUCUUCUUUCAGGCUUAGUUGGCUCCGCCUGGGGACUAGUGCUGCAAUGGGUUCCAUUACUGAGACUCUAGUGAGGGGAGACCGAAGAGAGUAUCUCCUUACUGCCCUCCAACCGGCAUCCAGCUACAUCAUCUGCAUGGUACCCCUAGUCUCUGGCACUGGGAGCAAAGGCAGCAUGUCUGGAGGGAACACAGACACGGAUGAGGCUCCAGUGUGUGCAAAGGCUGAGACAUCCGAUCCCAACCCGUCUGAUGUUGACCAAGGGGAGGAUCGGGGCUCGGAGCACAUCACCUCACUUCCACUUGCUGGGAUUAUUGGUGGUGCCACUGCGAUAGUCUCUCUAACACUUAUUCUUGGAAUAUUCUGCUGGUAUGGCCAUCGCUCCAGGCGCUUCUCCUCAAGAGAUCACUACAGCCGCAGUAGCUCACGCAAAAGCAAGCAUUAUGAUGACUACAUUGAAUCAGGCACUAAAAAAGAUACCACCAUCCUGGAGAUCCGAGGACCUGGAUUCCAGAUGACACCAAUAGCUGCCAGAGAGACACUGCAGCCCAAACCAGUACAGGAAGACUACAUAAUACACACAAUCUUCCCUUCCAAUGGCACAGGUCUAUACAAACCGCCCCAUCACACAACUAAUGCAGGCUAUGGCACAAACCGUGGCUAUAGAGAAGGAGGUAUUCCAGAUAUAGAUUACUCUUACACGUGAUAAGCCUGAUUUAGUGAAAACUAUUUAAAAAUAUGGUACUGGAUAGAUGCACAUUUUUUUUAUCUGAAUGGGGUCUACAGAACCCCAUUGUGCCUUCUGUCACCAUUCCAACCUAGCCUGCUGUUCAUGGCACCAAGGAAGCUCUAAAUUGGCCCAAAUGGCUACUAAGAAACCAUUUUCUGUGUUUGGCACCAGGAAGUGGCUAUACCAUUUUAAGCAGUGAUUCCAACUGGCAUUUUCACUCUUCCCAGUGUAACCUGGCAUGUCCUCAGCAUCACUGCUUUAUCCCUGGCUCCCUCAGUGAGGUGGAUUCAAGGGCAGUACAAACUGAAUUUUACACAGAUAUUCAUUCUAUUUAGAGCUCAAAUCAUAUGUGAUAUGGAUAAAUGGCACUUACUGAAAAAAGAACAAAUUUGUAUGUAAACCUUCAUCUCCUGUGACUCUGAUUGUUAUCUGCCCAACUGCUUCAUAGUGUUGCUCCUGACAUGAUGUGGAGGAGUACAGUACUGGAUAGAGUGGCUAGAAAGAGAGAGAACACCAUGUUGGAUAAGGAUUUCCCAAAAUCCAUUGUUGUACAGGGAAUCAAAAGAUGUCUUGGCAAUGCAGCUCUUCUGGGACUAAAAGCUUGCUGGAGAAAACACGGGCUAACAUUUUGGUUCCAGUUUUCAUAAGCAACUUUGAACUUGGACAUCUGGUGUAGGAUUUUAUGGGAGAGUAUAUGGAGUUACAAACAGUGGUCGUGAAUAGUGAUGCACACUAGUUUUAAACACCUCAAAAUGAUCUUCAUAUGGUACCAAGUUUCUUGCUAUCUGGUUCCUUUUAACAUGGAGCUGAGGAGAAAUGUGAUCUAUAAGGUUCAAUUAGACUCACCGAUUUUUUUUUUAAAAGAAAAUUGCAACACUAUUAUAAAUGUUAAACACAGGCAAAGUGUGUAGAUAUUUGAAUCCAACACAAAGACUUUUGGAAGUGAAAGUGUGGAAACAUAUUGUGUUCCAGAAUUGUUAUGUAUUUUUUAUGUAAGUUUAUUUAUCCCAUACUGCUGUCUUUUUAGUUUAUAUCUGUUCUAUGGUUUAAAUAAUCUGUUUAGAUAGAACUCGGUCAGUCCUGCUGCUGGUGACAUUAAAAACACUGUGGUUUUGCCUAGCCCUGUAACUCAUGUAAUGAUUAAGGAUUAUUUUGUGUUAAAUUAUUUGUCAUUAUAUCACUAUGAACUCUCCACCUGACCAGUUAUACCCCAAAUUUUACUAUUUUUCUAGUCAGAUCCUCCCCAAAAUCUGCCAGUGUGACUCCUUCACUCUACCCCCAAAAAGAAAUUAGUAUUGAUAAUAUUCCUGUUAAUGAAAAAGCACUAUGAUGGCCCCAAACUCUUAACUAUUCUCCUGAUCUGUGGAUAGUUUUAAUGUAUUUAAUAUUGGUGAAGGGAAGCUGAUUCUAUCUCAGCACAAAAGAGCCACCUCUAACCAAUAACCUUUCUCCUGGAAAUGGAUUCCAUUCAAUGUCUGGUGGGCACGUGGGCAGGACAUCAAGCUGACACUUUGCUGUGUGAUUACUCACUAUAAUUCAUUUGGCUCUCCAAACCCAGCUGUAGUAGAUAAGGCUGCUAUCUACUCCAAAUAGAUAUAGCUGUAAAUUAGAGGUAGUGUUGAAUGAAAUGAAAGAUAGCAAAGAGAAGGCCUACAAACCGUAACACUGUGGACCUACACUGUGGGAGAACAGAGCACUUGUUGCAUGACUCUGAGAAACGGAUGUAUUUAUUAUUUAUUUUUCUUUUCUGUUUGUUUUUUUUUUACACAUUUUUGUAAGGGAAGUAGGAAAUGCAGGAGUGGGAGAUAUUAAUUUUUGCAUAUUCAAACAGGUUUUGUUCAGACAUGCAUAGAACUGUUAUUUGUCUCCCAUAUGUCUACAAUAACAUACAUCACCCUUUCCCUUCCCUUCCUUUCCUUUCCUUUCCUUUCCUUUCUGCUUCGUCCCUUUUCUUUUUUCUUUUCUUUUGUUUUCUUCUCUGUCCCUUUUCCUUCCUUUCUGUUCUGCUCUGCCCCUUUUCUUUUCUUUUCUUUUCUUUCCUUUGAUUUCCUCCUCUACUCCUGUCAAGGAAAGGAUUUUAACUUUUAAUGUUUAAAAGAUGGAAGCAAAUUAAAUUAGCCCGUCAAGUAUAUCUGGCUUGUCUGUGAUUGUGUUUGACAUUACAGCAUAGUAGAAUAGUGUGUCUUUUUGUGGAAAGUGGAAAUUGGCCAUUGCCCUUAGAAAUUACAGGUAUGAUUUAACUAUUUUCAGGUUGCUGAUCAUACUGUGUGGUUACUACUAAUACCAUUCUUGCCUCCUACUGAAAAAAACACACCUUUGUAUAACAAAAGACUGCUCAAGAUUUUUUAAUGAUUACUAUUAUAAAAAUCCACUAAGUAGUUAAGUGGAGUAUAAAAUAAAGAUAUUCAAAGACUUUCAUAGCAAUCCUACAGGUGAGAGUACUACAACAAGCUUCAGUUUUGACUAAAAUCCUUAUCAUGUGCAGAGAACUUGCACAUGAAAAAGACACCAUUGAAAUAUCUCACCUUUUCUUCCUCACACACUUUCUUAUAUUAGAAAUUCCCUUUGAUGUAUUACUGUACCUUCCCUUUGACACUGCAGAAUGUGGCACAAGGGUGUGGGCAUGUUUUCAUAAGUUUGUUUUGUGAAUAUGUGAGGACACAUAUUGUAUGUCGUGUCUAUGUGGGGUCGAGGUGUUUGAAGCAUAUGGGGUCAGUCAUGGUUUUUCUUUUGUCUUUUUUUAAAACCAUCUGCAGAUUCUGCACCUCCUGCCGACACGGACCAGCAGUUGUUCCACCUGCAGCCCAUUUGCACAGAUGUCUCCCUACACACACACACACACAAACACACACACACAUAAAUACACACAUUGCCAAACUCAGCUAUAGCCACGCACAUUCAUACUGCUACUGUCUUACUCCUGAGAUGAGGGCCUCACUUCCAUACUCUCUAAAAAUAACACUAUUUUCCUUGUUUACGCUCAUGAUAUAAUGCCACUAUUACACUGCAUUGCAAAGGGGUUUAGUUGAGGUCUCUAUUUUCCUUCUGUCUCUUCAUGCCCUUUUAUUUUUCUUUGUUUUUUUAUCACUCUGUCUCUGUUUCUGGAACAUUCCCUCAGGUGCCUGUUCUGAUCAUCAUCUCUUCAGAGCUAUAAUCAUCACACUCUCUCAGCCUUGUGGAUGAAGAGUUAUAGCGCUUUCAAUCUGUCUAAGUGAUGUAGUCUGCCUGUAAUGACAUCAUACCUAUGGAGGCUACAGCACUUAUGCAGAGCUUGACGAGCCAUCAUAAGGACGUCAUAUCACAUGCUUCAAGGUCUGGUAUAAUUCACACUGGUACAGAACCAUUUUACAGCCACUAGAGUCAAUCUGGCUGUAAAACAACCACGCAGUAUAGCUCCAAAACUAUUUUACCCAGCAUCAGCAGAGAUACCAAAGUGUGCUUGCACGAUGAAGGUGCCGUUCUAUCAAACCUGCAGAGCAGCUGUUUAGUCAAAGUAGCUACUCUGUAAUACAGCUCCAUUUUGUGCAAAGAAUGCAGUCCAUCACAGGGACAUAAGGAGCAAAGAUGCAAUGCCGUCUGCCAGUAUAACAAAACCAUAAUCGUUAAAGGCAAUGAAAUGAAACCCAUCAUUUGGGAAACAAGACUAGGCAAGAUUGCAUUUUGCCGGACCAGAGUCUGCCAUUGGACAUUUAAGAAAUCAUUCACUGUAGCAACCACAGCAAACAGUGGAACUUGAGAAGCAUCAGAGAUACAUGUGCUAUUUUUUUUCCUGACCCAUAUUCUGACAAAUCUCUUUUACUGGAUAUCUAUCUCCAUUUUCCAACUGUAGCUUCUUGUUUUCUAAGAUUAUGGAUGGAUUGCUAGUCCAUGUCCUAGGUGUAUGCUAACACCUGGUGAACAUUUCAACAGUAUGGGUCAGUCAGUGAGUGUCUCGACAGUACAGCAAAAAGAAGUAUUAGGGUGUCUUCUCUCAAAGAAAUACAUUUUUUCUCGCUAUAAAUGACUGACCAAGUGACACGAAUGAGGAGCAGUCUUAGUGUAAACACAUUAUAUAUUUUUAUCAAUAUGUUUGUCCAAACUGACCUACAAUUGAGGCAGAGUCCAUUUCAAAGAAAGUUCAUAGCUGGGCAUGUGAGUGGUGGCUUAGCUCUUAAGGCUCUAGGCUACUCAUUGUGAGGUUAUGACUUCAAAUCCCAGCACUGCCAAGCUGCUACUGCUACCCUUAAGCAAAGUGCUUAACCCUCAACUGCUCAGCUCAAUUGUAAGUCAUGUUGGAUAAAAGCAGCAGUCCAGUGGCCUCCAUUGUAGUCCUGGAAUUUGAAUUCAAAUCCUUCUAGUACUGUUUUAGAAUCUUAAACACUAACCAAAAUACAUGUAACCAGAUACAAGUGCAUUAUUCAGAAUGAACAGAUAAUGUGUUUAAAUACACAUAUGAAUGGGAGGUGCACUUUUUUUUUGACUGGGAUCCUGCAGAAUGCAUAAUAAAAAAAAGUCAUGUAAGUGGGUGGGUCUUAUAUUCAUGUGGGUACAAACAAGUAGUCAGAUAUGAAGCUUGCAGGACAAACAAAGAUAUCUUCAUUAAUGUGAAUACAUUUGCAGAGUUCAUUCAUCCUUAGUCACUGCCUGGUCAGGGUCAUGGUAGUUUAAUGUACUCUGCUAGUUUGUCUAUAUUUUGGGAUAUAGAACUAGAUUAAUUAUAAAAUAUCAUGGACAGUUGCAAACAAAAUUAAUAACUACAAAAUUAAUACAGUUUUAAGAAAAACAGUAGUGUGCACUUCUCAAGAUGGAAUCAAUUAUGAAAUAGUGUGAUGUAGCUGAGGUUGACAGGUUGACAGUGGUGGUGUUUUCAGUGUUUCCUGUUUUUUCAGGGGUAUAGUGCUGGUUCAUAUUUAAUAAAAAAAAAAAUUCCCACUGCCCCUUUGUUAGAUAAAUGAAUAAAUCCUAGGUUUUCACAAGGCUAGUAUGUUGAGGCUUGAUGAACUGGUCCUCUGCUGUCACUAGGUUUUCUAUACGUGGCAUGUCCUGUGGGAGGCUUUAAGAACUACUGUCUCAUCACUGUCUUUGCAGAAUGGCUGGACACAGCAAAAUGUAUGCUACUACUAGUCCUGAAACAGAAAACAAAAAGUCCUGGAGGAUAUGAUGUACCUGUUAUUUUAGUUUUUUUGCUCCCUUCCUAAAGAUACAAUGCAACACUGUAAUGGGAUUUUUUUUGUCUACCUUGCCAGAAAGAAAGAGAUAAGUAAUAAAA